AGUUGUUGUCGGAGAGGGAGGAGGAAGGCAGAGAGUAGACAGGAGGGAGGACUAGAGUGCAAAAAAAUAUAGCGUACAAGUAGGAGGAAAUACGAAAUUGAUCAUGGCAUCGGGGGACACCCUGUACAUAGAGACGGACGGGUCCGAAAUGCCAGCAGAGAUCGUGGAGCUGCACGAAAUCGAGGUAGAGACAAUCGAGACAACAGUUGUGGGAGACGACGGUGAGCACCAGCCUAUGAUCGCCCUGCAGCCUCUCGACACGGACGAUCCCAACUCGAUUCAUCCGCACCAAGAGGUGAUUUUGGUGCAAACGAGGGAAGAGGUGGUGGGCGAGGAUGACUCUGAACUGCACACGGAUGACGGUUUCGAGGACCAAAUCCUCAUCCCGGUGCCCGCCGUGGAGGAGGACUAUAUCGAACAGACUCUGGUUACUGUGGCCGGGAAAAGCUCGUCAACAGGCCGGAUGAAGAAGAGUGGAAGCGGAAAGAAAGCGGGCAAAAAGAGCUACCUGAGCGGGGGAGAAAUGGGCAGAAAAUGGGAGCAGAAGCAGGUCCAGAUAAAGACUUUGGAGGGGGAAUUUUCAGUCACUAUGUGGGCAUCGGAUGACAAGAAGGACAUAGACCACGAGGAGCAGAUCACAGGAGAAAAUUCCCCUCCAGAUUAUUCUGAAUACAUGACGGGGAAGAAGCUUCCUCCUGGAGGCAUCCCAGGCAUCGACCUGUCGGACCCCAAACAGCUGGCAGAGUUUGCACGAAUGAAGCCGAGAAAAGUAAAAGAAGAUGAUGCACCCAGGACGAUAGCCUGUCCACAUAAAGGAUGUACCAAGAUGUUCAGGGAUAACUCGGCCAUGAGGAAACAUUUGCACACCCACGGGCCUCGCGUGCACGUCUGCGCAGAGUGUGGGAAAGCAUUCGUGGAGAGUUCAAAGCUGAAGAGACAUCAACUCGUACACACAGGAGAGAAACCCUUCCAGUGCACAUUUGAGGGCUGUGGCAAGCGAUUCUCUCUGGACUUUAACUUACGCACACAUGUGCGUAUUCACACUGGAGACCGCCCAUAUGUGUGUCCCUUUGAUGGCUGCAACAAAAAAUUUGCCCAGUCCACCAACCUGAAGUCUCACAUCCUCACACACGCCAAAGCCAAAAACAACCAGUGAAGCAGCCAUGAACCAGGCUACUGGCAGCGGCGUGAGCGUACACUGGAGGAUCUGACCUGUAUCUCCGCUCCUUGACAAACUAAUGUUCCGUGGCCUGCUUUGUUGUGAGAUAUGAAGUCCCUUUGUAUUGCCUCUAGAUGAAAGGUUUAAACAGAGAAAGUACCUUUUUGCGAACUUUUUGAUAUACAUAUGGAGGUUUGAACAAGGAACUCGUGAGAACGCCCCUCAGGCCUCCCGCCCUACUUUGGCUCUACCCGGAUGGAACAAUUUACGGUUUCUUCUUGUGAAGACGUUAAUUCAUGGAUCUGCACGUUAAAAAAACUUAUUUAUACCUUAACACAGCCAGUUCAAAAGUUUUUGCAAUAUCUGUCAAAUUUGCAUUGAUCCUCAGCAAUGACACCUUUUCAAUUUUGUACUUUUUCCCCCCCAAGUGUGCAUAUUGUACACUGUUUGACAUAAGCUCUGUGGUAACGUAUGUAGUGAGAUUGUCCCCGUAGCUCUUCUUGGAAGAGAUUUCACAGUUUGUUUUACCUCCCCUGUUCCUCCCUCACAUGAGUGUGUUUCAGGAGGGGAUUGGCUGGUCUUUGCAUAUUUUCAUUUUCUACAACGCAAUAUCGGAAUCUUGUAGAUAAUAGCCAUAUGAUUUUCAAUAGUGGUCACUGAUUAAAAAUGUUUUUCCCUCUUGCACUACCAAUA